UCAAAAUGGUCUCUUGUCCUCUUUCUCGAUGUGCAGUACUGUGUCUUUGCGAAGACGAAAUAAUGGAAUUCUAAAAUGCCUAUGCGUGAUAACAUUUUUCUAGGAUGAAUGAAAACCCGACAAGCAGCAGUGAUUUAAACAGAGGUCCGUUUUCGGCGACAAAACUUUGGAAUGAAGUCGUUCGACAGAUGAAACUCAAUGUUCCAGUGAAAAGAAGAAGGUGGCGGAUGAAAGUUUAUGAAGAUGUGUUUGUUGCUUCAGAAGCUUUGGAUUGGCUUCAUGGAUUUUUGAAAGAUAAUCCCAACUUUGGAGCUGAUGUGAGUCGACAACAGGCUGUGCAGCUGUGCCAAAAGUUUCUGAAAAACGGUAUUCUAACGGAUGCGCGCGGAAAGCAAUAUAAUGGAAUGUUCGAAGAUAAUAACCAUUUGUAUCGGUUUUCAGAUAGAGCGCGUUACUCCCCGUACAAGACAACUCUAUCUCCAAAAGGUGAGAAACCUUUAGAGCAGAAAACAAGGGAUAAAGGAGCAACUUCAGAAGAUAAGGGACUGAAUUUGAUUUACAAGGAUGAAACAUCAACCAAAGAAUUAGGACAGGAAGAUGGAUCAAAUUAUCCAAAAAUCAGAACACCAGUCGUAAAGAGUACAUAUAACCUGAGGUCCAUGGGUGCAGCACCAUCAAGAACACCGCUUGUUAAUAAAAUGAAUGUCUGGAGUGCAACAAGAACUGAGCCGAAAGGAAGACAAGUUAAAAGCUCCGUUAAAAGGAGAAGGAGUCAAAUACAGCACAGUGACCUAGAGGACGUUAUAAUGAACCCAGCAGCUCUUGUUGCCGAAAAUCGGCGAUCCCUAACAGAGAGAGAAAUCAGCGAGGUCUGGUGGAACAUUGCUACCACCCGGUUAAAAAGGCUUCUAGAUCUUGAUGAUUCAAUCCUUAACUCCUUGAAAAUUGGAGGAUAUGACAUCACUUGUGUGUGGCACAAUUCACAAAUUCAAAGGAUCCCAAGAGCUGGUGAAGUCUUGCCACAGUGGCUGAUAUCUGCAAUGAAGUGCCUAAUACACUGGCCAAAUGUUGGUUACUCUGAAAAUCAAAGCUUGCCUAAGUAUGCUGGAUUUGAGCGUGAUGUGUUCAAAGCUGUUGUGGGGUUCUUUGAAGAUGAGCAGAAGUGCCCACUUGUUCCAAGACAUUUGUUAGGGGUCUUCAAGAAAACAGUUGACUAUCUCUUCAGUUGUAAGUUAACAGCCAUACGCUCCCUACAGUAUUGCUGUUUGAUGAUUCCAGUAAAAAACAGAGAGUUACUUCAGAUGCUUUUAAAAUUUAUCGUUCGACUCAUGGAUAACCAUGUUAUCUCCUUAAGUGAUGAGUUACCAACCAAAGAAAUGCUUAUCCAGUCCUUUAGCCAUGUUGUGUUUGGUGUAACUGCAGACAUGGAUGCCAUACGGCUUGUGUAUUUUAUGAUGGAAAAGUUUCCAGAAUAUUUCAAGAACCCUGAAGGGCUUGAAUUUCAAGUGGAACAGAGGCUCUUGUUUCUGAGGAACUGUCGACAAAGCAAAUCAACUGUGCCAUCUACAGUAACAUUUUGUCAAAGGGUCACCCCUGAAGAGUACAAAGAACAGACCUUGAUUACAUCUCAACGUUCGCUUAAGGAUCUACUCAACAAAAUUGUAGAGGAUGAGAGUAUAAGUACAAAAGAAAGAAAGAAGCAACUUAAACUGUUUGAGAGGUCCUAUCCUGAUAUUUACCAAGCAAAAUUUCCAGGUGACAAUUUGUCAACUUAUUCACAAAGAUCAGAAAAGCUGAGACAAGUUAUGAAACCCCUCACCAUACUAAAAAACUUGCGAUAACAGCUUAAGGUUGAAGUGUGCAGAAUGGUCCAUAUUAAACUGUUACUUGCAGCUUUAACAUUUUAUUUAACUUUAGAUUUUCAUAGAUGUGGGUGUUUUUAUUUCAAGGUUUUUUCCAUUGUAUUUUUAUCAUUUUGGGCCAUAAUUAAGUCAAUUUUUUAAAAUCAAAUAUGAUAUAUAGCUAAUUUUAAGACUCUCAUUAUAUGAUUGCCAGUAACCUUCAAAUAACUAAAGUGUAGAGCCUUGUUAUCUGAUUCUCUUCCUUUACAAGAGUAGAUCCAUCUACCCAAACUUUUAAAUUUGUUGAACAUUGGAUCACAAACAUGAAUCUGUGAAAUACAGUAUUUUUGGUUUUUCAAGGAAAAUAUUGAAUAUUUGAACUACAAAAUAUGAAAUGCUUAUCAUGUGUAUAGUAUUCUGAUGUACUAUAAGGUGAAAGAAUAAUUCAAGAAGUGAUAUAUUUUAUCAAGAGUAUGUGGAUCUGGCAUGUAACAAGGUGAAGGUCAUCUUGAUUCAAUUUGUUUUUGAUUUAAAUUAGUGCUGUCCUCCGGCAUACAUUUUCUAUUUAGACACAUUACUGUUAGAUGACUGCCUUGUUUUCAUCAUUAAAAGAUCCAGUUUUUA